CUUUGAUAACGUUAAACGCGUCUUUUGAGCAUCUCGUUGAAUCAUUUCAUUUCCAUCCAUUUUGCUCUUCUUCUUCUUCCUCCUCCCGUUGUUCCUCUGUAUUUGUCUCUCUUUUCCCGCCUUGUUGAAAAAGUGUACCUUUCUUUUUCACUUGUUCCAAAAGAAGGUUAAAGGGUCCCCCAUUAAGGUCCUCGGUCUUGUUAAAAUCAUUUUGCUUCUUCUCUUUUCAUUAAGCCCUCAUCAUUGUCAGUAUCUUCAUAGAUCUUUAUUGGCUUCCCCAUCUUUCGUUCUUGCCUGUUAAAGUUGAUUGAAACUCUCUCCGUUUGAGACUACAUUUGCAGAUGGAAGCAGUGAUGCCAUCGGCUGUUACUCCAUCAAAGAGCAAAUGGUCUCGAACUUUAUCGAAGGUCCUUCACCUGCACGCGACGGCGGCGGGAGUUGUUCCGGACGACGGGGUUCACAAGGUUGAGCUGCCUAAGGAAACUGAAGAAUGGAAUGAUUGUAAGACAACCAAGAGAUUAUCCCAGAAAUUUGACAGAUUACAUAAUGAAGAACAUGAAACAAAAGUGGCCCUGGAAGCGAUUGUUGCUAAAAUCUUUGCUACUGUUUCGGGUAUUAAAGCAGAAUAUGCGCAGUUGCAGGCCGCUCAGUCUCCUUACGAUGCUAAAGGGAUCCAAGGAGCCGAUCAAAUCAUCGUUUCUGACUUGAAAAAACUGUCGGAACUGAAGCAGUGUUUCUUGAAGAAACAGUACGAUUUUUCCCCAGAACAAGCAAUGGCUUUAGCCGAAAUCCAGGAACUGAAAAGCCUUUCAACGACGUUUAAAAUCAUGGCAAAGAAACUGGAAUCUCAGACGAGACUCAAAGAGUCCGAGAUCAUUUUUCUCCGGGAAAAGCUGGAUGAGUCCAAUAAACAAAACAGGUUGCUGGAGAAGAGAUUAAAUCAAAGCGGCCAGUUAGUUCUGCUCGACAAUCUCAAUCUUUCCGGCUUAAAUCCCACACAUUUCAUCGCUUUUCUCCGUCAAACUGUGAAGUCGAUUCGAAGUUUCGUCAGGCUGAUGAUCGACGAAAUGAAGUUGGCUGGUUGGGAUAUCAAUGCGGCAGCAAGUUCGAUUGAAAGAGGUGUGGUGUAUUGGAAGGAAGAUGAUAAAUGUUUCGCGUUUGAGUCCUUCAUUUGCAGGGAAAUGUUCAAAUCUUUCCACCUACCUUAUUUCUCCCUUUUUGGAAGCUCUGUUCCAGAAGGGAAGAAACAUCCCCGAGUCUUCUUCGAUCGGUUUACAGAACUGAAAUCCAUGAAAGCUAUGGAAUAUCUAGCCAUGAAACCGAAAUCAACAUUUUCCAAAUUCUGCAGGAAUAAGUACUUGCAAGUUGUUCUUCCAAAGAUGGAAUCAUCGUUUUUUGGCAAUUUGAGCAAUAGAGAAAUGUUGAGUUCCGAUCAAUUCCCAGACACAACAUUCUUCACAUUGUUUGCUGAAAUGGCAAAAAGGGUUUGGCUUCUGCACUGCUUAGCAUUCUCUUUCGACCCCGAGACAUCAAUCUUUCAAAUAAGCAAAGGGUGUAGGUUUUCAGAAGUAUACAUGGAAAGUGUAGGUGAGGAAGCAUUCCUUUCAUCGGAAAUCACACCGGAAUCGGAACCACGAGUCGCAUUCACCGUUGUCCCCGGAUUUCGAAUCCUAAAAAUUGUAAUACAAUGCCAGGUCUAUCUCUCACAAUUUAAGACCAGGUAGUCCCUGAUUCAUGUUUUAGUAAGUUAGUUCAGAGGACAUGGAUUUGGGGGAGGAUGUUAUUUGGCCUUAUGAUACAUGAAAGGCUAAUUUGUUUGUAAGACACAUUUCCCCAAUUUUGUUAAUCUCUUGGGACAGUGAU